AGCCGUCCCUUCGUCCUAACCCGAAUCCGAAUCAAUCACAUACGGGGCGGGCCGACACGCAUUAAGCACAAGCUCGAGAGCCACCGUGUCCUGUGCUAAUUGCUUCCGAUUCCGCCCAAAAUCACUCAUUUGCGCUAGCCGUCGUCCAGCCCCAGACCGUCACCGUCCAGCGAAUGAAAGAGAGAAAUUAACAACGAUGGAGAAAAGCAACGAAGUAGAACAACAAAGAGAAAAAAAGGCAGAAUUCAACGCAUUGGAGAUAGAAUAUGUAAGCUACGGCGGCGAACACCACUUACCAUUAAUUAUGAGCCUCGUAGACCAAGAACUCAGCGAGCCCUAUUCUAUCUUCACUUACCGUUACUUCGUCUAUCUAUGGCCUCAGCUCUCUUUCCUGGCGUUUCACAAAGGUAAAUGCGUUGGGACUGUGGUUUGCAAGAUGGGGGAGCAUCGGAAUACAACGUUGAGGGGCUACAUUGCUAUGUUAGUUGUCAUCAAACCUUAUCGUGGAAGAGGCAUUGCCACCGAACUUGUCACCAGAUCUAUUAAAGUAAUGAUGGAAUCAGGAUGUGAAGAGGUGACAUUAGAAGCUGAAGUCACAAACAAAGGGGCACUUGCUUUAUAUGGCCGUCUUGGGUUUAUUAGAGCAAAACGGCUAUUCCGGUACUAUCUGAAUGGAGUUGAUGCAUUUCGGCUGAAGCUACAAUUCCCCCAACCAGAGUUACACCCCUCUCUGCCUAUGGCAGCCUGCAUAGAAGAUAGCGAUGGGCAUGAUGAUCAUCUUCUGGUGGAAGAGUGUUCUGAACCUCAUAGUGGCUUGUAAUCUAUAUUUUUGGACAUGGAAAUUUUGACUUGAUUAUUUUUUAGCUGAAAGUUUUGAGAUACCUUAAACUGAAGUUAUUCAUUGUAUUGUACUGUUAGUCAUUUAAAAUGUAAAUCUAUUUGUUUAAUCA